AUGGCGCGCGUCGUCAACGCCCCCCCCUCCCCCCCCCGCGAUCGCCUUCGUGCGCUCCGGGCGAUUUGCAAGGCGACGUUGGACGCAAUGGAGGCGACGUGGCCACGCUCGUUCCUGCGCCGCGGCGGCGCCGUCGCCGUCGCCCUCCUCGCGGCGAUGAGCGUCGCGGCGGCCGUGGACCAGGUCCCCGUGCUGCUGUGGACCUCGGACGCCUCCCUGUGGGGUCCGGCGACCUCCCCGCACUCGGGUCACAUCGUGACGGCAAAGGAGCUGCACGGAUACCUGAAGCCAGCCCUGCAGAUGCCCGACAAAAACCUGGUGCUCUUUCUUCAGGACAAACUGAGCGUUGAUGACUUCACGCACUAUGGGAGAGCCGACGGAGAUAAUGCAUUUUCCAACAUUCAGAGAGCUCUGGCAUCGGCUCCGUCCUCCCUGGUGCUUCCGUCAGUCGACUGGCGCUCGGCCGGGAACCUUCCGGCGUUCUUACGCGACCGGCUCGCGGCCGGACGCAGUGUCCGGGAGCUGAGACUGGGGCGCUCGCCUUCGCAGGAGCCCAUCCUGGACCCCACGCGGCCCAACUUGCUGCUCGUCAACCUGCCUCGCACAAGCAGCCCUGACGUGUCGUCGCCCAAAGAGGCCUUGGAGAGAAACGAUGAAAUCAUCAGAGAAGUCACCGAGCAACUGAACAAAAGCGGAUUUCCCUUUACUGCAAUUUACACAGCAUCAAGGCCUUCUCGGGUCAUCCGCGAGAUUUACCAGGCCGCUGCUGGCACCGGCAGGAAGCUGAUGCAGGCGGAAUCGUCGGCGUCAUCGGCGCCGUCAACGGCGGCGGUGGGGGUGGGCCUGUACCCGCCGGUGACGUUCAGGAACAAGACGAGCGACUGCAUAUUCAUGUGGGCAUCGCGCGUCAUGCUGCGCAUCGGCCAGGUCAGCUACGAUGCCACGGAGGCCACGUUUAGUGAGCAGGUGGACACAAGCGCCUCGAGCUGCUCGCCCGACAACGCCACGCUGUCUUUGCAGUUCUCCAAGAGUAGGACCCCCACUCUGCCGGUCCAGAGAUUAACCAUCAGGUUCUCCAUGUCCAACCGCCUGUACCCGGUGUCGGCCGAGCGCUGGUUUACGCUUGACAAGGUGGCGGUCGCCUAUGCCAACAGCAGCGCCGGUGCCGCCGGCGCCGAGUUCAACGUCAGCUCCGUGUACGCGCCGGCGAUAUAUUCGUACCGCUGCCAGGUCGUGAGCACCAGCCCCGACUCGGGCGCCCGCCUCGUGCCCGUGUCACCAAUCUCCGCGCACGUUCACGUGUCCCUCAAGGACUUCCAGAUCCAGGCCUUUAACGUACGCGAUGGGAAGUUCGCGUACGCGAGCGACUGCGCCUCCUUCUUCACGCCAGCCGUGUGGAUGGGCCUGGUGGUGGGCUUCAUCCUGCUGCUGGUGCUCACCUACGGCGUGCACAUGGUGCUGCAGCUCAAGACCAUGGACCGCUUCGACGACCCCAAGGGGCCCACCAUCUCUGUGCCGCAGACCGACUGAACGACGAAGACACGAGAGGAGACAUCGGCAGCAGUAGGGGCUUUCCCGUUCCCUCUUUUCGUCUCCGUUUCCUCUUCUUUCCUGCUCUUCACCGCACCGUCCUUGUUUAAAGCAGAGGUGGGCAAUCCAUAGUUGGAAAUGUUCUGUAAAGCUUACAAGGCGUAAACAUAGCGUCUUCCCGAUAGCCUUUGUGCUAUGAGAAUUGCGCAAAUACCAAGCUUUCCUUACAGAGAGCUAAAUUGGAUGUUCAAUACCUCUGGCUGGCCAAAUCCUAACACACUGUAAUGUCUGAGCACACCAAAAAAUUACCGGGUCAAAAAUAUUCUGCCCCCACAAGGUGCUUGGUAGAUCUCAUGUGGCCGUUGCGUCAAGCGAAAUUAAGUCGCCGGCUCUAGGUUUCCCACCUCUGGCUCGUCGGCUUGUCAGCUUUGAGUGGGCUCCGUGUCGUUCCGUUGGGGCGUGGCGCAGGUUUUUCUGACUGCGCCGGAUCCUCGUUCCCAUGAUGCGUGCUAGAGAAUUGGUUACGUAAGUCACGUGCAAUGUUGUUACCUUCUCUCUACAGUCGCAUGCCGCCGGGCUUUAUUUCUUAUUUCCCGCUUGCGAAGGUCGUCGCGGGCAGCUCUGCCCGUGAGACGUGAGGGUUCGAAUUUGCGUCAUCCAUUCCUUUUGUAAAUGUACGUGAAUCCUGACUGGACAUCCCAUCUGGUUUUAAAAGGUAUACACAACCCAAAAACCAGGUCGCUCUUAUACCCUGUUUGUACAUGACCUCGGCCUAUGUGUCCAGGGUCAUCCGAUAGAGCGUGGAGUUUAAAGUCCACUCACGUUAUGGUGAAGCACGCUUGCCAUAGCGCGCCAGUGACGUUGCCGCCAUCUCACCACCUGGCUGCGGUCUUCCCACCUGUCUGGUUCCUCAGUGAUAGUGAGAUGCGAUUUGCAUGAACGACCACACUACAAAACUACACUUUGUUAUUUUUUUUUUAUUUACAUCUUGACACUGACGUAUGAAACGCGUGGCAGAAAUGUAACUCAUGCACUGCUCUAAUGACGCACUGGACAGUGAUGUUAGUCUGGGUGUGUUUCUGAAAAGUGUGCUUAAAGGUACCUGGUAUAACAUAAAUUGGCUGCUAACAUG